AAUUUCCACCGACAACAUGGAGCUAGAACCGCAUCACACACAACUUUUCAUUAAUAACAAGUAUGUGGAUAGCCGCAACAAGCAAACGAUUUCUGUCUACAACCCUGCCAACGGCGAACUUGUAUGCGACAAAAUUCCUGUUGCGGGCGAAGCAGAUGUCGAUGAAGCUGUCAAGAUAGCCAAUACAGCAUUCGCGCUCGACUCGCCAUGGCGCACAAUGACGAAUGCUGAACGGCAGAAACUUCUUUUUAGGUUUGCUGAUAUUCUGGAAGCGAACCAAGAGCGUUUGGGAAAGCUGACAAGGACGACACUGGGAAGUCCUUUCCACUCAUUUGGUCAAUCAGAGAUCCAGACAGCAAUAGGAUGUUUCAGAUAUUAUGCUGGGUGGAUUGAUAAGUUUGGUGGACAAACAUACCCAGCAGAUGAUGGUUUCUAUAAGAUCGUGCGCAAUGAGCCGCUCGGAGUGGUCGCAGGUAUUAUCCCUUGGAACGGCCCAUUAGCAUCCGUCGGUCUGAAGGCUGCACCUGCGCUCGCCACAGGCAACGUAUUCAUCCUGAAGCCAAGCGAGAAGACGCCGCUCAUGGCCGCCGAGCUUGGUAAAUUGAUUAUUGAGGCUGGUUUUCCACCAGGUGUCUUCCAAGUGCUCACUGGAGAUGGAAGCACAGGAGCUCUUCUUGCCUCCCAUCAGAAAGUCGCAAAAGUCAGUUUUACAGGAAGUAUCCAGACAGGAAAGGCUAUUCAAGUUAUGGCGGCAAAGAGCAAUCUCAAGAGGGUGACCCUCGAGUUGGGCGGCAAGAGCCCAGCUAUGAUCUUUGACGAUGCCAACCUUGAAAACGCAGUUAAGUGGACUGUCAAUGCGCUCACCACAAAUAGCGGUCAGAUCUGCUUCGCUGCAACUAGACUCUAUGUCCAGGCGGGAAUUUACGAUCGAUUCCUUGAGGCAUACAUUGAAGCCCUCAAAGCGAAGGGCGACAAGAUUGGCGACCCCGAGAAAGAGGGUGUGGAGAUUGGUCCCGUUGUCGACAAGGCUCAGUUCGAUCGGAUAAUGGGAAUAAUUUCGGACGCAAAGAAAAACAAAGAUGGCACCCUGCUACACGGUGGCCGGACCUUGGGAGAUAAGGGGUUCUACAUCGAACCAGCCGUUUUCACAGACACUGAAGGCGAUGCAUCCAUCUACAAAGAUGAGAUUUUUGGUCCCGUAGUUGUCAUUAACAAGUUCAACGACGAGGACGAGAUCAUCGCACGCGCCAACGACAGCAAAUACGGUCUGAUGGCUGGUGUUUUUACACAGGAUAUCCAGAGAGGAUUGAAAUUGAGCUCAGCUGUCGAUUCAGGUGUUGUUGGGAUCAACUGCAUCAGCACCAUCUCACACAACUGUCCGUUUGGUGGGACAAAAGAAAGCGGGCUUGGGCGCGAGAACGGAGAACACGCUUUGCGUGCCUACACUGAGCCUAAGACUGUUUUGAUCAACCUGAACUACUAG